UCUACGGUGGCCGCGGCGGGUCGUUCGCGCUGCUCGUUCGGGGGCUGCUGUAGUAAUGGAGGGGGUCACAGUCGGCCAGGUAUUCGAUGCGGAAUGCAUCCUCAGCAAACGGCCGAGAAAGGGCAAGUUUGAGUAUCUGGUGAAGUGGAGAGGGUGGUCGUCCAAACACAACAGUUGGGAGCCGGAGGAGAACAUUCUGGACCCGAGGCUGCUGGCAGCUUUCCACAAGAGAGAACAAGAGCGAGAACUUCUGUUCCAGAAGAAAGGGAAGCGGCCGAGAGGAAGACCACGGAAGAUUCUGCAGCCUGAACCGGCCGCUGAAAAAGACAGCCGCUCCUCGUCCUCUUCAUCCUCCGUCAUCUCGUCCUCCGCCUCCUCCUCCUCCUCAGAGGAUGAAGACCACGGUAAGAAGGCGAAGCCCCGAGUCCAGCCCGUCCCCCAGAAGAGGCCUCAAAUGGUGCUCGCCAAACCGGAUCCUCCGUGCAAGAAAAAGCGCGGCAGGAAGCCGCUCCACCCGGACCUGAGGGCGCUGAGGCAAGCGAAGAGCAGACCUCCUCCUCCACCUCCUUCUCCUCCUCCGCCUCCUCCUCCUCCUCCACGACACCACCAGGUGCUCAGACCGCCCAGAGAGGAUCCUCGAUCCGGGGUGAAGAAACCUCUGCAGCCGGCCAGCUUCACCUAUACCGGUCUGAGCCGGGCCUCCAGAGAGGAUGCCUCCUCCGGCUCCCAGACCUCCUCCAGCUCCUUCGUCCAGACUGCCGCCUCCAAACCGGGAUCCCUCGGCUGCAUCUGGACCAGUCGCUCCAUGUCCCCGUCCUCCUACAGCAAAACCAGUCCGUCCCCACAAAGUAGGAACUCUCUGAUGGAGCUGAAGCGCUCCGUCUCAGAAACAGGAGGCCGAGCAGACGGGUACAAGGCUCUGAAACCCGGCGGAGCUUCGGCCUCGUUGGGUUUGCACAGCGGCUUCGCUGGGCCGGCGGCGGCGCAGCGCUCCCCGCUGGGCCAGAGGAGGCAGGAGGGCGCCGGGUCGGUCCAACACAAGCAGCAGAACCUCUCCAAAGCGACGUCUGCGCCGACACCUCGAGACCGAGCCAACCAGGCGCUGAACCUCCGAGCCCUCAACCUGCAGAGCGUCAGCAAGCCGGCGGCCGGCGGCGGCCUUCAGGGGAGCAGUGCCGGAGCAGCGGCGGCGAGGUCGAGUUUAAGGAGCGGCGCCGUUGUUGUAAAAGGAGGAACUGGGAGCGUCAAAGAGACUCGAACGUCAGCGGGGGCAGCGGUCCGGUCUGGCAGCGAGCGGUGGUGCAGAGCAGGGAGGUUACGGGAGGACAGGGGGAAGGAGGUGACGAAGACGACAGGUAGCGUCUCCGGUCGAGGCGGCGGCGUGAGACACGAGGAGAGGAAACACCCUCUCACCUCUCAGAACCGGAGCCUGAACGAGCUCAGCACCGGUGACUCCGAUGAGACCAGCAGCAGCGAAUCGGAGCAGGACGCCGCGCUGUAUCCCAACAACAGCCGGCCCAGCCUCGGAGACGACGCCACCGAGUUCGACGCCGAGACGGACUGGCGGCCGGCCCGGAGCCUCCUGGAGCACGUGUUCGUCACCGACGUCACCGCCAACUUCAUCACGGUGACGGUGAAAGAGUCGCCGACAAGCGUUGGGUUCUUCAACUCACUGAACCACUGAAGGUCUGCGGUGAUGCUCCGCCGUCUCUCUCAGGGUUCCACGUGGUCCGGUCCGACCCGGGUCCUGGGAACUCCUUCUGCGGUCAAAACAGACGGUCCGGUCCCUGUGGUCUCAGUAGUCCAGUAGUAGAAGACAACAACAGACUGGACCGAUGGUUCUGAAGAGGAAACUCCUUUUGGUCAAAGUAUUUGUUGAGUGUGUGUCUGGAGGAGUGAACGCUCUUCAUCCAUCAGUUACAGGUUUAGUCUUCACACCACGACCCUUUGAAAGUUGAACCAUUUUAUCCAAUGUGGUAUCAACACACACAGAUACACUCGGUUCUGUUUGAUCUCUGCUGCACCCACUCCAGUUCUGUUUAGGUGAAUGGAUUUUAAGUUUUUGGUGGUGCACUUAAUAAUUAAUACUGAGUUUAACCUCAAGAUCCUUUUCUCAGAAGAUUCCACAGACUUAUAUUAGAACAAUCUGGCACUGAGACCUAAAUAUAUAACUUUUUUGAAUGGAGUUUGGUUUGUGGUGGAGCAUUUAGAACUAAAAACUGAAAACAAAAGGAAUAAAGUCCCAGUUAAAUAAAAACCACAGCGUUCAGUGAGGAAAGUCAGGUUGUGUUAAAUUAUAACUUUUUUGAAUGGAGUUUGGUGAGGACGCUGCUUUGUUGACAGUCAAUUCUUUCCCUUAAAGUACAUCACUAAAUGAUUCAUCAGUCAAAGUCAACUUACUAGCUGGUUUGCCAGAGCUUCCAGUAGCCCCUGCAUGGUCUUCAUCAGCAAAUGGAGCUUACUCAGUUUUCAGGACACAAACUUAUCACAUGACCACCGGCUCAUUCCAGUGAUGAAGAACAUGAAGGUUCCGUUAAAAAGCCACAGAAAAAGCUAAUAAGAGAACAUUGAGUGAAGAUCAUUUGUUAUAGUCACGUUUUUUUUUUCCUCUCCCAAUGAAAGAAGCUCAGUGAUUAUUAAUCAUCCAGCUGUGUUUGAUUAGAAGCUGUAGAAACAGGUUUAGAGGACUCCACCUCCCAGGUGCCUCAGCUUCCUCCCAGACUCUGGAUUCCACUGCCUCCAUAAGACGACUGGUUUCAGUAGGACAUGCUGUUCUUGUUGGACCUGCAUCCAAACUCAUCCAGGGCAGCAUGUUUAAACUAAAUAUCU